AUGUCCUACUACCAGAACGGCUCGUACUAUCGCCCCGGCUCGUCGCAGCAGCAGCCCUACGCCAACAACAGCCCGUACCAGCCCCGCCGCCCCAGCUUCGAGAGCGGCGACGAGGCUGCCUUUGUCACAAACGGUGGUCAGGAUGGAUACAGCUACGGCCAGAAUGUGGACCGCCGACCCAGCUACGCUGUGCGCCACCAUGAUGAGCUCUUCAUGCAGGACGCGUCGAACCCGCCGCCCGACAUGCCCGCCACACCGCUCGCCUCGGACUUUGGCUCGCAAUACCAUUCCGUGACUUCGCCCACCCAGCCGGCCUAUGACCCCCGCCAGUUUCCUGCUCCGGUCCAGAUCCCGAAUCCACAAGCCUACGGCGGAGUCAACCGGACACAUUUCGACGCUGCUGCCCCGCACCAGCCCUACAAUCCCGCCGCUUACACGGAGAACAACCUCAACCGCAGUGGCACCACGGCCGGUCGAGGUUAUGGCUAUGGCUACGAUGCUUAUCCGACCUCGCCUACCGCCCAAUUCCCAUCGCCCCAGCUCCCUUACCAAUCUCAGUACUCUCCCAGCCGUACAUACAGCCGUCCCUCUGUACAAUCCCCAACAUAUUCCAAUUCCCCCGGCUCCGCUCCGCUGCCUCCUCGACCCUUGGCAUAUUCGCCUUCCGCUGCGCCUCCUCCUCUGCCCGUCCCUCCUCAUGGCGGCGGAUCUCCACCGGCUGACUGGCAGGAGCAAAUUGCGAGACGGCCGUCCAUGGCCUCGGUCUACAGUGACUUGAGAUACAACAACCCGUUACCUUCGCCCCCAGUGAACCAGGAUGAACGCCGACAAUCACCACUGUACUACUCGAAUCCACUCCCUCCGCUGCCUUCGCACUCCCCGCAAAGGACCGGUACAUCUGGCCGCCAUCCUCAGUCUCGACCGCUGCCCGGUCCUCCACAAAGCGAGGGCGCUUAUGGACGAACAGAUAGUAACGGUAGUCCGUACGGCGGCCAAAUGACGUCUGAUGAUCUUUAUGACGAAAUUGAAAAUGCAGUGUUGAACGCUGGAAGUUCUCCGAGGAUCGAUGUGGACCAACCGGAUUAUCCUUCGCCAAACGGACAGGAUGAGCCGUUUUUCUAUGCAUCGCUUUCGGGGGGUGGAGUCGCGGCAACAAAUGGCCAUUUGGCGCCAGAAAACCCGGCGCACGCUGCCUACAGUUACAGCGACGAGAGUGAUGCGGAAGCCGCUGCGGGCUUGGCGGCUCUGCAGAUGGCCGAGGAGGAGGAACGCAGGGGUAGCAGCGGUGCUACACUUUUCAGCGGCUACAGCACCAUGCAGCCCCCGUCAUCCGCAGCACCGGAACCACCGACCCAUGAGUCGACAGCAACAGACGCCGUUUACAGCGAUGAUGAUAUGGCGGGCAUCGACUUGGGUGCUUAUGCUGGAAAUUUCGAACCGCACUUUACCUACGGUGGAAAUCCAGCCGAACUCGCCAGUGGGCACAUUGAUCGUUCUGGAAGCCAAAGCCAAACUCUAUCGUCGUCUGGCUCGCAACGCAAAUCCGGAGAUGCGAGCGAUGCAGAUGCAUACGAUCCCAUUCAUCCCUUUCCUCCGUUUUCCAGCAAUGCAAGGGUUGACACAUUUGGCACUGGCGGGUUUGCCGAGCCGGGUGCCCACAGACGUCGCCUGAGCUACGACGAAGGCGAUGAAUCUAGUUUGAUGGUGUCUGAAACAUCAACAGCUGCUGAGCCGCCUGAAAUGUUUUACCACCCAGGUAUGUCGCACUCGCGACCGCUCCCGCCACCACCAGCGGGAGAACCCAACUUCACUCAACGACAAAGCCCAUCAUACGGUUAUCAACAGGGCCGCGGGACCUAUCCUGCCGGACCUGAUCAAAUGGUCACUCCAAGCGGCGCGAUCGUGCCGAGAUCGACUUCUCUCGUCAGUCACAGCCACACGCCUCAAGCUGUGCCGCCCAUCAGGUCGAAGACGGAUGCCGAGGAGCGACGACUGCGCAGCUCUGGAAUACGUACCUCAGCUUUAUACGAGAAGGACUCUAGCAGCGAAAACCUGACUCCGCCUACGGCCAGCACAAUGACUCUGGAUCUACCUGCACUCCCCACCGGCAAGCGUUUCAACCCACAAAAGCUAACGCCAAAAGACUACGCGAGGUGCACAGAGCCCUGGGCGCUAAGCUCAAUUAUUGCCUGGUUGCGAAUGAUGGCCGAGGGAGAAACCGACUUGAAGGAGCAUCUCAUCACAGACGGACUAGUGAAUUUGUUCACUCACAAGGUCCCAACGAUGAACGUAGCAGAUGCUGAAACUUUAAGCACUCAAGUCGUCCAAGAGAUGUACAAAGUCGGGACGCUCGAACACGUGGAGGAGUGGCUGAAGUUCACACCGGCGACAACUUCUGGUGUCCUCUUCCAGCUUUCCAAAGCUGGUUGCUAUGCGCCAACACUUCACGAACACCACACCCUUGGGCGCUGCUACUCCUACCACUGUCAAAGGACGUUGAAGAAGAUCGAUCUCCAUGCUCAACCAUCCUUGAAAAGAGGUGAGGAUUGGCUAUCGUUCUACAAGAUCAAGAAAGAGGACAUCCCGGAGACCGUUGGCAAGAAGGAAGUCGAGAGGCAAAACAUCCUUCAUGAAAUUGUGCAAACCGAGGAUAACUUCAUGGACAGCCUGAAUGUUCUCCGUGAGCUCUACCGUGAUGGGCUUAUGCAAAUGGAGCCACCUGUCAUUCCCCCGAAGAAGUUGAAGGGAUUCCUUCGAGACGUAUUUGGCAGAGUUGAUGCCGUCAAACAAUCGAACGAAGAGCAUCUCCUGCCGCAAAUGAAGUACCGACAACAGGAACAAGGGCCCUGGGUUGCAGGCUUUAGCGACAUCUUCCGCGAAUGGAUUAGAAAGGCUAGAGGGGCAUACAUCGACUACGCGGCUGCUUUCCCAUAUGCAACAUUCCUUGUUCGACAAGAAGCGGAGCGAAACAUUCUUUUCCGGAGCUUCUUGGAUCAAGUGCAGGCCCACCGGUCGUCAAGGAAGCUUGCCUGGGACAACUAUCUCAAGACUCCAAUCACAAGGUUACAGCACUACGGCCUUCUGCUCAGCACUGUGCUGAAGCGUUCGAUUGUGGACAAUGAGGAGAAGAGGAACUUGCAGAUCGCGAUUGACGAGAUUAAGGCUGUCACCUUGGAGUGCGAUGCGCGUGUGGCGGAGAUGUCUCGCAAGGUUGAUCUAACCGACCUCCAAUCCAAGCUCAUCCUCCGUCCAGGCAUGCAAAGAGUCGAGCUAAACCUCAACCAUCUAGGCCGAGAACUCAUCUACAAGGGCGACCUUCAGCGCAUGGGCGGUACAAGAUACACCUGGCUUGAGACCCAUGCGUUACUUUUCGACCACUACCUUGUAUUGGCAAAGACAGUUCAUCAUCGAGACGUAGAGGGUGGCGCGAAGCAGGAGAGAUAUGAUGUCUCUCGACUGCCGAUCCCGAUGGAUCUAUUAGUUCUCGAGGGUACCAACGACGACCCGGUGGUCAAGUCUUCCGUCAAGGGUGUGGCAACCGUUGCAGCAAAUGCUAGACCAGACUCUCGGCUUCGCGCUGGAUCAGCUGCGAGCCCCGCUCCAGGAACAGUUUCUCACGUCAACACGGGGUCUUCCAUGGGAUCUAACCUGACCAGUGCGUCGGCUAACAAGGGCAUGAUAACGACGACUGUCUUGGAAAGCCCCAAGGAUGAGAAGAUCAUGUACCCAUUCCGCGUCAAGCACCUCGGUAAGGAGGUGUAUACGCUUUUCGCGCCGUCAGCACAGAACCGCCAGGACUGGUGUGAAAAGAUCUUAGAAGCGAAGACCAAGCACGCUGCGGCUCUGUUUGCGCAGAACGCAGAGCCGUUCCGUUUGCGUGUUAUGGCUGACUCAGCAUUUGCUUACGAGGGUGGAACGACUGGCUCUCAGAGCAUCACCAUCAAGGGCACUCCUCUUGACCGUGCGAUCGAUGAUGUCGAAAAAUUAUUCGCCAAUACAGGCCGCCCAAGCCCUAUUUGCAGAGCUCGCGUCAAUUGCGCAACGGCUUUCAUGCAACCAUAUGGCAAGCCCAUGGUGGCCGUCGGUACAGACUAUGGCGUGUACAUCUCGGAAACGGCUAACCCUCGCGGCUGGUCAAGGUCCAUCACGAUCCCGAGAGUUUCGCAAAUCGCCGUCCUUGAGGAAUUCAGCAUCAUGCUGUUGAUCUCCGACAAGAGCCUCAUCGCCUACCAUCUUGACCUUGUAUGUCCUAUCGGAGGUACUGCAGGUAGCAACAACAACGACUCGUCCCGCCGAGCUCCCCAGAAAUUGUCGGGUUCGCGUGAUGUAGGCUUCUUUGCAACAGGCAAGAUGAAAGAUCGCACCCUCGUUUUCUACAAAAAGCGCGAAGGCCUCUCGUCUACCUUCAAGGUCCUCGAGCCUGUCUUCCAGAAGAGCACCGAGAAAAAGAGCCGCUGGCUCCGUACCGGCCGCACCGAGUUCUUCCGCGACUACGACGAGUUCUACAUCCCGACCGAGUGUUACGGCCUCAACCUGUUCCACUCUUCCCUGGCCGUCUCGACAUCCAAGGGCUUCGAAGUGCUCACCCUCGACAAGAAGCAGUCGUGGUCCGUCCCGGACCUGAAGGCGAGCCACGUCGCGACCAUCGCGUCGCGCCUGCAAGGGCUGGAUCCGCUCGGCAUGUUCCGGCUCAGCGACCAGGAGUUCCUGCUCUGCUACGAGGAGUGCGCCGUGUACGUCAACAAGCACGGCGACGUGUCGCGCUCGGUCAUCAUGGAGUUCGUCGGCAAGGCCAAGGCGGCGGCCCUGUACGGGCCCUACGUGCUGCUCUUCGACCCGGACUUUGUCGAGGUGCGCAACGCGCAGAACGGCCGCCUCCGCCAGGUCAUCCCCGGCCGCGACGUCAAGUGCCUCGACGACGGCCUCGGCCUCGGCGGCCACUGGGUCCAGCCCGGCGCCAACAACGGGCAGGCGGCCCCGCAAGCGGCCCAGAAUGGGACAUAUGGCGGUACUGGGGCGGCGGUGCACAGUCGUACGGUCAAGUUGGCGAUGCAGCAUCCUAGGCAUGAGAAGUGCCAGAUUGUGGUGGAGUUGCUGUUGAAUGAGGGGCAGAGGGACUAG